CUUUGUCUCAGCCUUCUUGUCUCUCUGGUUCCCAGCCAACAAAGAAAGACCACGGCGAGUCGGCGACGGUACACGGAACCAAUCGCAUGGGCCUCCUCGACCAGCUCUCGGACUACACGGUCGCCGGCCCGCGGCCGGACCACGGUCUCGGCAGGCUCCGAAAGUACUCCUUUUCGCCCUCCUCGUCAGCCGCGCCGACCACGGACGUCCAGCCGACGGUGACCCGCAGCAUCAGCAUCUCCCGGCCGCCGUCUCUCUCACCCCCGUCCGGCGAGUCGACUUCCUUGCCGUCCUCCCCGGCCAGUGCGCCGGACUCUCCGUUCGCAGCAGGUAGCAGUAGCACGCCGAGGGUGGACGGCUGGAGGGCGUUCCGCCGGAAAUCCAAGAUGGCCAACGUCGACGUCGUCCGGGAGGAGGCGACCGUCGGGCCCAGGAGCUCUACUGUGUACGACUGGGUGGUGAUUAGUUCAUUGGACCGAUGAAUCAGCAGGACCGAGGUACGAAAUAAUCGACGGAUGCCGACGAAGCAGAGGAGCUAGAUGGUGUGUUUGCGGCCGCGAGUUCGUCGUGUCAUAUGCAUUCCGGCUAUUGUGUAAUCGUUGUGUUAACUAGGUGCACUGUGUUUUCUUCUUUUAGGUAGUUGUGCGCCCCUUCGGGCUGCGAAAGUACGUGGUGCCUGUAGCAGUAGUAGGCUCCGAUCGAGAUGCGGUGCCUCCACAAGGACGCCUUUUUGUGUGUGGAGGAGAUGAGCGCUGAAAUGGUCAUGCAAUGCAAGUGUUCGAUCCUACUUCGGUUUCACACAGUGGUGUUGUAAUUGAGAACUGUGCAGUAAAAUGCAAAUAAAACAAGGCCAGACCU